GGAGAGCUCGGAGAUCGGCUCUCACUGCCGAUGACCCGGCAAGAAAUGUUGGGGUGACCUUUCCUUUUCUGGUCCUGUCUGCUCCCAGUCCUGCAGGGGAGGCAGCAGCCCCGUGGGGUUACUGCUUUGGGCGCUGGUGGAGGCCAGACCCGACCCAGCGCCCAACCUGGGCGAGACGGCAGUUUGCGCAGAGGAGCUCAGCCCAUCUUCCCUGCUGAAAUAAAUUUUAUUGCUGCUAGAAAAGCAGCUCCUUCCAAGCAAACCUUUCCCAGCACUGAAUGAAUUGCAUCUACCCCAAGCAGGAACGCUGGCGGAGCAGAGCGUGCCGGCAGCCGCCCCGGGGAGGCCACGGGAACGGGGAUUUGGGCUGGAGCUCUCAGGGAGGAGAGGUGGGGAUGGGGAGCCUGGCCCCCGGGCUUCUGCAUCGGGUGAGAAGUUGCCCCUGGACUCUGGUGGCCAAGGACACGCUGAGAGCAGCGGCCGAACGCCGGGAAAGGACGAGCCCGUGACUUGAGCAGGACACCGGCGAGAUGUUUGCCGUCUGCCCGCCCGGCGCCGCGGCGAACGCCCCGUUCCGGGGGGGUCCGGCGCUGGGCACGGCCGUCCCGGGGGCCGGGUGCGGGCAGGACUCCAACUCCAACUUCGUGGGAGAGGUGUGUGACAGCAACGAGAACUGGAGCCGGCCAGCGCCAGGGUCCCCGCCGGAGGAGGGCUCCAGCCGGAGCGAAAACACCGCAAAUCCAUCCGAUAAUCUGCUGUUAUUAAUGCAGAGACAGAUGGUCCAGGGCCAGCUUAGGGACGCCGCCCCCAGCCCGGGCGCCGUGCGGCUGCGUCUCCCCGAGCCGGGGGUGCGCAGCCCCCCCGAGGGAGCAGAGGUUGGGGGGGCGGGGGGCCAAAACGCCGCCGCCGAGGAGCCGGCCGGGGGAUGUGGCAAGCCCCCGAGCUCCCCCGCGGAGGACAACGGCUACGCCAGCAGCUCCCUCAGCAUCGACAGCCCCGACAGCACCUGCGGGAGCACCUGGGACCCCCCUGCCGCUGCCCCCCUCCCCGGGAGCCCACCCUCCCCGGGGGCGGCCGAGCCCGAGCCGGGGUCCCUCUUCCCGGCGCUGGUGGAGGCCGUGCAGCACCUCCAGGACAAGGAGCGCUUCAAGGAGCGGGAGAAGGAGAAGCACCACAUCCAGCUGGUGAUGUACCGGCGCCUGGCCCUGCUCCGCUGGAUCCACAGCCUCCAGCAGAAAGUCGUGGACCAGCAGAACCGGCUGCAGGAGAGUUUCGACACCAUCCUGGACAACCGCAAGGAGCUCAUCCGCUGCAUGCAGCGCGGCCCGGCGUGCCCCGCCGGCGCGCCCACCCCCAGCCCCUGAGGUGCCGCCGGCGCUGCCCCGUCCCAGCCCUCGCCCCCCCCGGGCUGGCGCGGGGCUGGCGGCAUCCCCGUGCCGCACGCCGGGGCGCAGAGCGCUCGCCGGGUGCCCGCCCUGUCCUUUCCAUCUUAGCUGAGAGUCCCCGAAGCAUUCGUCUCGCUCGUCCCUCUGCACAGGAAUUAAUUUUCUCCUGCACCGUGUCGCGCCGGUCUGGGGACCGCGUGGUGCCAGGCUGGCUCAGGACCGUGGGGUUUGCUGAGGCUCAGCUUUUAAAUCUGAUUCGCGGUCCUUUGUAUGAGCCGGGUAGAGCCGCGCGUGUGCCGGGCCGAGCCCUGCGGUGACCCCCGCGAGGGCCUCGGGGCAGCGAAGCUUCUAAAUACACGUGGGCAAAGCCCCUCCAGCACGUGCUGGGGCACGAGCACAACGUCACUUCGUGUCCCCCCCCCCGCAUCGCACCCGCACCGGCGUGCCCGUACGGAGAGAACCACCGUUAAACAUUGCUCGUGCUUUCGGGGCGAGCGCGGUGUCCUGAGCUGUUCCCGGGGACUCGCCCCGGUGCACGGCUUAAUGAAGCGCACGUAAAAGCUUUGCAGAUAAGAUCUAAACUCAUGCAGAGAGAUGGAGAGAGAGAAAAAGCAAAUCAUUCUGAAAAGUGACCUCAGAGUGCUUAAAAAUGAACUUACGUGUCAGCUGAUUCAAAUCCAAUAUAUCUUUUUGAAUUCAGUAUUAGAGAAGAGUUAAUUUAGAUUUUUCCUUACAGCCAGAUUGUAUGUAUGCACAUCUGUCUGUCGUGGGAGAUGCUUUAACAUGGUGCAUGAUCAGGAAGCUGCUUGCAAACUUGUGCUGUUGGUGUUUAUAUUAAUUUAUCAUUUGAAAGCAAAGAGAAUAUUUUUUUCUAAUCUACAUUUUACCAGUGAGGACUGCGUACAGAAUAUGAAGAACGGUCGUCUUAAAUAGAGAUUAAAAAGGAGACGCUGUGUUUGUUUGCUGUA